AUGGCAGCAACGAGCAGCAGCCGCAGGCGGUUGAGGCUGCAGUUUUACUUCCUCAACCUCCUCCUUGCAGCAGCAGCAACAGCAGCAGCAGCAGCAGAGGAUGAUGCACAUAAGAAUGAGUAUACGAUUCCUGCUGCAGCAGACUACUUUGAUGCUGCUGCUGAGGCCGUCGCGCCUCGCCUAGACAGCGAGUUGGGGCAAGCAGUGCAGCAGCACACGCAGCAGCAGCAAGAAGGAGAGCAGCAGCAAGAAGUGAAGGAACACACAAACAGCAGCAGCGAUGGCUUCAACAGCAGCACUACGGGCACCGAUAACCCCAGCAGCAGCAGCAGCAGCAGCACCGGCGACGUCGCCUUGAACGGAGACAGCUGCAUCAUCUUUGCUGCAGAAGAAGGAGACAGAGACAGGUGUCAGUGCCCGGAGGGAUUUGUGUUGUGUAGUUGGAUUGACUUAAGAGAAGCAGAGAGAGAGAUCAAAGCAGCAGCAGCAGCAGCAGCAGAAGCAGCAGGAGCAAAGCCUGCAUCAGCAGCAGCUGGGAGCGAAGGAGCUGCUGCUGAGGAGGAUUCGUCAUCCACAGCAGCAGCAGCAGCAGCAGCAGCAGCAGCAGCAGCAAGGAGAGCUCCAGCUUGGCUUCGAGCUCUGUGUGAUGAUUCUGAGUUGGGUUUUGCGGGCCGUGGGGUGUAUGCUGAUUAUGAAGUGUAUGCAUUCUGCAGCAAGGGAGACUCUGCUGCUGUUGCUGCUGCUGCUGCUGCUGAUGGUGCUGCUGCUGCUGCUCCACCCGCUUCUGCUGGUUCUACCUAUGCCUUUGAUUUAAGAUAUCAACCCGGGGCUAAUGUAUCGGACGCUGACUUAGCUCAGCUAAAAAAGAUUAACCCUUUUGCUGCUCCUCGCAGCUGUUAUACUGCAGACUUCUUCUUAUGCAGACCCGCACCCAUACCCGACAAACCU